UCAAGGUAGUUUAUUAUUAAGACCAUAAUAAUAAAAAUACAAUUAAACUACUUGAAUAUACAAAAAUGGCUAACAAGGUUUUGUUGUUGUUGCUUAUUAUAGCAAUUUGUAGCAAUUUUGUGAUUUCGAAUGCAGGUAAGGAUAAAGGUGACAAGAAAAAGGGUGGCCUAAUGGAAAACUUUUAUGAAGAUGAUUGUCCUGGUGUUGAAGAGAUUGUGCAAAGGGUUACGGAGAGUCAUGUCUCUACUAACCCAAAUUUACCUGCAAAGCUCUUGCGAUUGCAUUUCCACGAUUGUUUCGUUAGGGGGUGUGAAGGUUCAGUACUAUUGAACUCCGUCGCAAAUACUAAGUCAGAGAAAGAGUCAUCAGGCAAUAAAAACUUAGCAGGGUUCGAAGUUAUUGAUGAUAUUAAAGCAGCGGUCGAGAAAGAGUGCCCCGGAAUUGUUUCUUGUGCUGAUAUCUUGGCUCUCGCUACUAGGGACGCUGUUUCUCUCCAAUACGGGAGGCCCUUGUGGGAUGUACUCACAGGCAGAAGAGAUGGAACUAUAUCUUUGGCUUCGGAGGCUGAAUCUAAUCUCCCUUCUUCCUUCUCUAACCUCCCUGUUCUCAAAAAGAAUUUUGCCAAAAAAGGCCUUUCUGUUCGUGAUCUUGUGGUUUUAUCAGGUGCACAUACAAUUGGAGUUGGUCACUGCAACUUUUUCAACCAUAGGCUAUUCAACUUCACCGGAAAAGGAGACCAAGAUCCUUCACUAGACCCAACUUAUGCUAGUUUCUUAAAGACUCAAUGCAAAGGUCCAAGUGAUUCUACAACCACGGUUGAACUCGACCCUAAAAGCUCGCUCUCCUUCGACAACCACUUCUUCCAAAUCCUAAAAGAACAUAAGGGUCUAUUCAUGUCCGAUGCUGCCCUCCUCACCGAUAAAAAAGCUGAAAAAAUUGUGGAUGAACUUCUUAGUCCUGAAAGCUUCCUUGAUGAGUUUGCUAGGUCUAUGGAAAAGAUGGGAACCAUUGAUGUGCUUACCGGAGGUAAAGGGCAGAUUAGGAAACAAUGUAGUGUGGCUAACUAAGUAAUUAUGAAAAAAUAUUGCUUAGUGAUUUCUAUGCAUGCUCAAUAAGGGAAUGGACAUUUCAAAGAAUGUAUGUUUCAUUCCUUGUUUAUUAUUUUUAUGACAAGUAAUAAGGGUCUUCAAAUUUGUUGUAUGCCCAAAAAUUCUAAUGAUUGUCAAUAAUAAGGAAAUAUGUUUCAAUUAUAUAAUUUCAUAAGAUUCAACAAGGGCUAUCCC